GCGCACUCACACACACACACACACACACACACACACACACAACCACACACACUGUCGCUCAGGACUGGGAAGGAGGAGCGAUAGAAUCGGCUCCCCAGUCAUAAUCAGGUUGCUUCAAAGUGAGACCACCAUUCUCGUUCUUGCUCUCUCUUCCCCCUCUCUGUCUCUUUUCAAGCCAUUCUCUCAUUACCUCUGUCUUUCUGUUGACAUGGAGAUUCGUAGCAUGCGUCCAUCCUUCCACCACCUGAGUGAGGAGAGGCACCAGAUGCUGAACCUGAACCGGCGCCUGGAGACCUACCUGGGCCGGGUCAAACUUCUGGAGAAGGAGAAUGAGGCACUCUGCGGUGAGAUCCAGUCCCUGAGUGCCUGCCGGCAGGGGGCUGCAUCCAGCAGGAAGGGCCUGGAGAAUGAGCUGCGGCAGGCAAGAAUGGAGGUGAAGGCAGCUUGGGGGGAAAAGGACCAUGUGGAGGUGGAGGUGGCAUGUCUAAUGGAGGAGCUCCGAGCCCUGGGCCUGCUGAGGCAGAGGGAGGUGGCAGCAAAGACAGAGGUCAAGGCCAAGUUGGAGGAGAGCAGGAGAGAGAUGGAGGAGGAGCAGAGAGCGCAGAUCUGGCUGAGGGAGAAGGUCACCCAGUUGGAGGGUGAGGUUCAACUCCUCAUUCUAAGUCACCAGGAGGAGGUGGCCCACGCAGGGGCUACACUGAGCUGGUCCAGAUCCACUGUGACCCCAACAACAUCCCAAAUGCCAAAUCUCCUCCAGCUGGGGCAGGAGUACUCCCGGAUGGCCUCCAGAGCAUGGCAGGAGGCGACAAGGGUCCACCAGGGACAGGUGGCCCGUCUGGAGGAGUCACUGAGCCAGGCCAGGGCCUGUUUGGCCCGGGUGGGACAGGAGAAGAAUGAGAGCCACCUGAAGCUUCAGACACUGGAGAAGGAGCUGAUCUCUGCUCGGGAGACAAGGGACCAUCUAGACAAAAACUUGAUCAAUCAGAGAGACAGAAACAGCCAGGAGAUCCAGCAACUCCAAGAGCAACUGGAGGGUUUGGAGGUGGAGAGGGAGGAGCUGGGACAGCAGAUUGAUGCCCUCCUUAUGGAGAACCGCAGCCUGCUGGAGCUUAAGAUGUCCCUGGGGCUGGAAGUCGCCACAUACAGGGCUUUGCUGGACAACGAGAGCUUCAGGUGUGACGUCUCACCGAUGGACAAGUUCAGAAGUACCUCCAUCACCGAUGCAGUUUCCAGUCCUCAAGGGUUUAAGGAAAGCUACCGGGCCCAGCUGUCCACUACUCACUUGACCACUCCUCUCUCAUCUAUCCGUGGAGUAAAUAGCAGGCCCAAACUGGUCAUUAAAAACACAACACCGAUUUGGAAUCAAAAACUCCCCACUGUGACCAAGGUUUCUCAGAAAGCUAAAGAUGAUCUGACUGAAACAGACACUGUAGAAAUCACAAAGUCUGCAGCUUUGGAAACACCUUACCCCAAAGUCCUGCAGAAUGGUACAGUCGAACAGUUCAGACCACAGGAAGUCCACGAAGAGGUCAACUACGCCGAGCCCCUCUCGCCCCCAAAUGAGCAAGUGACUCCUGUUGAAUCUAUGGAUGGAUCCCACAUAAAGGAAACCACCAUGGAAGUUGAUGAAGGAGAAGAGGAUUUGAGCACUUCUCAUGCUGGCUCUCAAGAGCAAGAGCAAGAGCAAGACCAAGUCUUGGAGUCUACUGUUAGUUAUCAGGUUGAGUCUGCUGUCCCAUUGACAAAGGAUGUCACAGGUUUUUCAGAUGAGCAUGGUGAGAUGGUGCUGUUUGACGUGUCUGCUGAGAAGGAGGAGCUGUGUAAGCCAUGUGCGAAAUUUGAUCCAUGGGCAGAGAAGGAACUUACACCAUCACUACACAUUAAACAAGCAGAAACCUCUGAUUCAGAGACCCAAGCAGUUCUUGAACCUACAUUUGAGCCUGGCACAAGCAGCCCAGCUUCUGAAUGUGAGCCAGAGGAAAGUGUGUUUAACCAGCUAGCCAACUUUAGCCAACAGGAAAAUAUCUCAAACACUGAGGCAACAGCAACAAGCCAGCAAGAAGAGGAUUCCAUGGCAGGAACAAACGAGGAAGAGUUUGAGGAUAAGUUGUACCCAGAUGGAGAGGAGAUGGACACUUGGGAUAGUGUGAUAGAAAGAAGGGUUGAUAUGGAGAAAGAUAAGAAAGUUGAUGAGAUUAAACCUCAACACAUAGAACCAGAGGAGGAUAUAUCAGCAGGAGAACAGGAGGCUAAGGAACAUGAAAGAAAUAGAGAUGUCACCUCAGUCACACAGUACGAUGAUAGCAACCUGACUUCUUCACUGACGGACACUACAUUACGUAAAGACGGACAGCCAGAGAAAGCUUUUCCAAACCAACAGCAUGUGAGUCUUUCAAACAAAGAAGAUGAAGACAAUGACGAAGAAGACUCUCAAAACGUCUCAGUGUCAUGGCGGACUGAGCUGGAAAGCGACAGCUAUGCUCAGGAUAACACACUAGCUGACACCCGGCCUCUGAUUCGAUACAAGAGUGACGAGAUGGAUGCCAACGCUCAGGCGUUUGUGGACGUAAGCAACUCCAGUGAAGGUGAAGAAGACCAUAAGGUUGGAGAAAUAGGAAGUGGCAACUGGAGUGAAAGUAAGUCAAAGAGAUCUGGAACCAUGGAGGACCUGUGGGAGGAGGCUGGAGGUGAAAUACUGGAUGAUGAGUAUGACCUGGACUAUACUCACACUGCGGACCUUGAUGCUAGCCAUGGCAGGGCUCCAGGUCUGCAGAGUCCACUAGCGGAUGGAAAACUUGUGGAAGUUGAAAUGAACAGGAAAGUCAUGGACAGACAUUCUAAUGAAAAAACAGAGGAACAUACCAAAUGGGAGGAAAUCAAGGAUGUAGACUACAAUGAGGAGUUGGACAUGGUGGACAGACUUGUGGAACAAGAGUUAGAAAGCUUAUCCACCGCCACGUACAGUGCAUGCUUUGGUCUGCAGCAGACAGGUGAGAGGGAGCAUUUGCUAAAUCUGCUGGUUGAGACUGACAAGGAAAUGACAGAGCAAGAAUUUGGCAAGACAAAAAGGGAGGACAUGUUUUACAGUGAAGAGCAAGAAGUGGCAGUUAAUAACAACCUUCCGUCCUCCACAAGUAUUCAAACAACUUUUGAGCAGCCACAUUUCAGCAUCCCUUUAGAAGAAAUCCCUCACACUGAUUUGUUGGCUCAGGAGGAGGUCCAGCAUGAAGAGAAAAAAACUUUCGAAGGUAUGGACAACAGGGAAGAAGACUAUGAACACAAUCACAACCUGUCAAUGCUGACUAACACUGACCUGACAGAAGAUCGAUCCAUCUGUAGUGACCUCAGCAGCAGCAGGCCUGGGAGUCAGAUCAACGUGAACAACUCAGACGCAGAGGAAUCCAACAGCUCGGUGGAUGAGUCACCCAAUGUCAGCCGCUGCUCUCAGUUGACAGCUCAUGUCAUAGAAGAUCAGGAUGACAUGAUGCAUGUGGCUUUCUCGGACAAAGGACAGAAGGCUGUAUCUGUGGAAGGACCCAGUUCUACUCCACAACAUUCUGUGGAGGGGGCUGCUGAUUCACAAGCAUCUCUUGACGCUCUACAAACAGUCAAAUGGGAGAGUCAAAGCACAGACUUAGAAACCAGAGGUCCGAUGUCAGGUGAUCAAAUGUGUUCCGAUGCUGCUGAAAGGCCUUUCCAUGGCGAACACAGCAUUCACAAGACACACGAGGGCUCUCCUGAGGUGUCCCCUGACAGCAUACUGACCAAAGCAGACAUCUUUCAAGUAAAGGACUCGUCAGAAUCUUUGAAAACAAAUUGUGAAGACAGGAGCCCUCAUGAUGUCUUCAGCAGUGUAAACGAGGACUUCUGGGGCUCCACCCAGUUGACAGGAGCCACCUAUCAACCAGAUGAUCCCUACAAUGACGCGGCUGAGAGAGCCAAUCAGAAUCUGACCUCUGGUGAAAACCUCGUUUUCGGGAAACUGGGAAAACAGUUUGCAGCCAAUGGGAAGUCUAGAAAGGCGUUUGACUCAUCAAAAGCCGUAGUCUGCGAGGAGAAGCUGGUGGCUACGGAAGAGGAACAGAGGUCAGACGUGAAGGAGCUGGUCCAUUCUGAGGGUUCUGAAGAUGAAGGGGAAUCCUGGUCACCUGGGGAGGAAUCGCUGCAAAAAAGUAAUCACUGAUUAGCAGAUAGCGUGACAGAAAAGACAGUUACAGACAUCAUUAGUGUUUCUGAGGAGAACGUUUUGGCUGUUUAGUACGUCGGCACUGCUGUUAUGAAAACCAAAGUUGUGCCUUGGUGCACAUAUUGUGAGACUUAUUCUACCCAUGGACACUGAGCGCUGGCCUGUGUGCUAAAGCUGGCCUGUGUCACUGACAGUGUCGCUUGCCUCAUCAUGAUGUCUCCCCGUCAGCUCUUCUGGCUGCAGGGUGCAGGUUAUGGAGAAGGUCAGAAUCGCUGCAUGGGGCAGAAUGAAGGUCAAAGCGUUGAGCUGUUGGUUUGCAGCCGUGUGUGAAUGUGGCAGCUGCUGGGAUCAGUGUGCAGUGAAGGGCAGCACUGGCUGUAGGAGCUGCUGUUCAGUUGUAUCAGAAUGAUAAUUACUCUAAAAGUGACGUAGCUCGUUUCACUGGACUGCGGUGGAUUAACGUAUGAGUGCAUGAUUUAAAGGUAGAAAUCUAAAUGAUUUAAAUGUAGAAAAUGGUUUGAAAAGGUUUUUGCUGAUGAUAAAUGAGGGUAACAGAAACCUGUAGCUCUUUCUCAUGUCAUUUUGAUAGUUGCUUGUUCUGUAGGGUGGAAAGUGAUGUCAUUUCUUUGCAGUCCAGUUUCCUCCAUCAAGCCUUGGUGUGACUUGGUACCUUCUCACUUCAAAUAAACUGCAGAUGAACCAGUU